GGAGCUCUUUGUAUGACUGGUCCGCGAGGUACCACAGCAUCGAGCACACGCGCGGCAGCAGCAGCAGCAGCAGCAGCAGCACCAGCGGACGACCAGAGAGACACAGAGUCCCAACCAGGGACAGACAGGGUCCACAACAGCGUCCCCCUGUCCCAGACACACGGCGGCACGGGACACACACACGACGUUAAACGGAGGGAAAACGACGCUCCUUAACGUGCAGCAUUGACCGUGAAGGUUUGUUUUAAAGUCAGGUAUUAAAAGAAGUUGGUUUACUGGGAAGUUUAGUGGCAGCAGCAGUUCUUGGAGCCUGAAAGCCGGUGUGGAGAGAGGAGAGCAGCGACCUAAACUUCACCGACUCCCAUACACUUGUUUUAGGCACAUUUCGCCGACUUAUCUGCUUGAAACGUGCAUUUAUUUCCCCCCAACAGAAGCUUGUUUUAUUGGACCGUGGUUGUUUCUCUGUUUGGUCACUCAGGGACUCGCCAUAAAAAAAAAAAACCUCCCAAGUUUGUGGAAGGUUAUCUCUGCGGUUUCUCACAUACACAGCCGUGAAGAGAAGAAAGGAAGUCGAAGAGGAGAGACGGAGAAGUGGAUGUAUUUUGAGCCAUGGAUGUAACCGUUUACCCGCCUCCUCCUCAGCCGCUGGCCGCGCCAGACCACACCAGGCUGGGGCAGCUCUCCUACCCUGACCCGGCCUUUGGGACCAACAAGCUGGAUGGGGACACCAUGUUCCUGGGUAUGCCAGAGACAGGCCUUGACUUCCCCUCAACCAAUCAGUUCCGUGUGCCACAGCCCCCUCACCCUCUGAACAAGGUGACGCCACCCAACCCGCCCUCACACCACUGGAGGAGGGACACGCACAUGGCCGACACACACCGUCUGCCUUGGUCAUACUCAGUGGGAGGGCUGGGCGAUGAGGACUUCAACAUCCCGCCCAUCACUCCCCCCACCCUGCCAGACCACAUGCUGCCCCCUCAUCUCCCCCACGAUGCCCCCUCUGGACCGUACCACCCUCUGAACCCCCCCUCUAACUCGGCUCAACACCACCCGUACCAGCUGCAGGGCAUGGAUAUGCCUGGCAUGCCCGGAAGCCAAGAUGGAGCCGCUAUGUUGAACCAAGAUGGUGGCACGUUCAGCCCGAAUGGCGGCCCGAUGACCAGCACUCUGUCUGUGAUGCAGCAGAUGGUCAACUCAGAUUCCCGGUUCACCAGCAGCCAACAGCCAAUCGAGGCAGCGCUUGGACCCAGGAGCCAAUCGGGCAUGAGCCAGCAGAGUCAGUUGUCCACCAUCAACCAAUCCCAGCUGGGGCUGAGCAGGAACUCUGUUACCCAUAAUUCUCCUUCACCUCCUGGAAGUAAAUCUGCCACACCAUCUCCCUCCAGUUCAGCACACGAGGAUGAGAAUGAUGAUGGACUCAGGCUGGGCAGUGGAGCAGAGAAGAGGCCGGCCACAGUGGACAUCUCCAAGAAACCCAAAACACCAAAGAAGAAGAAGCGAAAGGACCCCAAUGAGCCAGUGAAGCCAGUGUCCGCCUACGCUUUGUUCUUCAGGGACACCCAAGCCAACAUCAAGGCCCAGAACCCCAACGCCACCUUUGGGGAGGUGUCAAAGAUCGUGGCCUCCAUGUGGGAUGGCCUGGGUGAGGAACAGAAACAGGUGUACAAGAAAAGGACGGAGACGGCUAAGAAGGAGUAUCUGAAACAACUGGCUGCCUACAGGGCUAGUCUGGUCUCACAGAGUUACAACGAUCCAUCUGAAAUGAAGCCGCCUCACUCCUCCUCCUCGUCUUCAUCUUCUUCUACCUCAAUGUUUACACACAAACCUUCGGUUUACCCGGGGCACCCAGUUCAACACCCUUCCUCCAGCUCCCUCGCCCACCCUCACUCCCUCCCUCCCCCUCAGCACCCGGGCAUGUACAUGUCAUACCCUCACUCGUCACACCCUUCCCACGCCUCGAGCCCAGGCCUCAGCCCCCACCUGCCCCCUCCUCCUCCUCACACCCAGAUCCACCCCCAGCUCCACACCCUGUCCUCCAGAGGGACAGUGCCGCGGCCCAGCGUCCCCCACCAGGGAGCUCUGUCCCUCGGUGGCAUGACGGCGGCAUCCACCCCUCCUCCUCUGCAGGUCAGCCCUCCUCUCCACAGCCAGGCUCACCUGGGGGGGCUGCACAGUCCACACCAGCAGCACCAGCAGCUCAGUGGACACUCACUGGGGAUGACACACUCACCUGCCAUCACACAGGGCUACCCCCCCUCCAUCCAGUCUGACUACCAGCCAAUAGGAGGAGGUAUGCUUAAUGGUGGAGCAGUGAUGUCACCAUCAAUGGACUACCACCAGAUGGGUCGACACACACCAAACCACCAUCCCUCUCUGGAUUGGAGCACUGAUUACCAUGGCAACGGAGGUCUUCAGAGAGACAAACAUCUCUAUCUGAGCUAAUCUCAGGACAAAGUCACACCAAACUUCAACCAAGCCCUUCUACUGCCACACCAUGGAACCUCUAGCCUCAUCUCUACACGCGCCCAGGCCAGCCUACUGCACCCACAGUCCCCCACCCACCCCCACCCCCCAAGGAAUUUGAACCAAACUCGAGUUCAGCACUUCAAACAAACGCCCAAAGCAGUAGAAUAACGGGACAUUUCUGUGUAUUACUAACACGUCUCUUUGAAGGGACAGCAGGACAGUGUUCAGAACAGGAAGAAGGAAUUGUUUCUUCCAGCUCCUGCAUGUCUCUCAGCUUGUCUGGACGUCUGUAUUUUUUUUGUACUGAUCAUUUACAGCAUGAGACAUGCUAUGAUUUGAAAAAAACUGUAUAUCAGCGAGGAGAGGUGGACAGGUCCUCUGCUGUGAACAUGAUGAUAGGUGUAAAUACUCCAGCCUCCCUCAGAAAGGGAGAUUCUGUCUAGUUUCCUGUCUGCCCUGAAGCGUUCACAUCUAGUUCCUCAUUUUGUAAAGAUGGUGUUUACCGUCGGCUGCAAAAGGCUCUGCAGAGCGACUGUACAUUGCUGUAACAUAAAUGUUUGAGCUGUCCAUUUAAAGCCAGUUGAUUUUGUUUAUUUUUUUUGACCUCGUAGUUGCUGAAUCCUUCUACAGCCAAAGUCAAGAGAACACAGCACACAAACUAAGGAUUGAUAACCAAAUACUUGUUUCUCUGCUGGUUCUUUAAUUACGUGAAUAUAAGGCUUCAGUUUGAUGCAGCGUGGACUGAAGUCCCUCACACUGUCUUUAGAGACAGAAAACGUAUUGUGAUAAAUAAUGGCUGAAUCGCAGCUGAAGACAAACAAGAGAAAGAGGUGAGGCAGCGUUGCCUUUUUAACCAGACGCCGCCCGCCUGUGAAUAAUUGCGUACGAUUAAAGAAGUUUCAUUGUUCUCCGGCAGAGAGGCUCAGAUCUGCAGGGUAGAAAAUUCAAUGUAUUUUAGUCCUUGAAAUAAUGAAAUGUCAAACAAUUCUUUGUUGGAAAAAAAAGAAGAAAUGAAAAUAGUCCUUUGUACGAUGACAGCUCCUCCUCCUGGCAUAUGUCUGUUGAUAAUAUUGAUUUGGAUCCAAGCUGAGUGUGUGUGUGCGAGUGUGUGAAGUGUUAAUGAGAAGGCAGAGUGGUUGAUUGGGUUGCAUGGUCUCUUUUGUCAUCUCUAUUUCUCUGUGCACAGAGGCUAUUUAAGAAACUAUAACUGUUGCUGGGUUGGCUGUUUUAAUGUUGUUUUUUAAUCAAGUUUUGUUUUAGUGUUAAUGAUGAUGAUGAUGAUGAGAGACACGUAUCUCUCGCUCUGUAUCUCUUUGUAUUAAUGUGUUUUUUGGCAGAUGAAAGGACUCUGGGCAACAACAACCAUGAAGAUUUUCUUAUUUUUAGAUUCUAAUAAUGUGUUUGAGAAUAAAGUCAGAGCUGCAUUGAUGUGCAGUCAUUACUCCAAA